CAAAAGAGGAAACAAGUACCACUGAAUAAAAUAAAAUAAAAUAACAAAUCAAAACAAGUACCUACCUUACCUACAGUAUUAGAUCAAGUAGGUUCCUUUUUCCAACUAACUCAAUGCAUCUGUACCUACAUAACCUGUCUUUCUGCCUACCUGCCUGUCUCGGAGUCCCGCCGAAACCGCUCUUCUGCCUUUCUUUGUUUCCGAUGCCACCUCAUCCUGACACUCGGCCAUCUGACUGACUCCCACUGAUUUUCUAUUUUGCCCUGUGCUCUUCGGAAGGACGGUUUUGCAUGCGUGCGGCAAGCAACUCUCUUUUUGUUUUCGGGGCUCUCGACAGAAAAUAAGAGAGGAAAGAAGAGAGACAGGAGGAAAAGCUGGGGGUUACCUCUUUGGUCAUCUCCAAGUACCUCGAGUUGAGUUGAGGUCUAUGCUUUGGCGCUUGUGAUGGCCACGAGUCCAGAGACGUCGCCUCUUACACGCACGACUCGCCGCAAGACACGCCCACCGGCUCGAGAGCAAGAUACAGCUGCUCGUCAAACCUUAAAAAAUUCUACAGAAGGCUUACUGCGCCAACAAUCCUAGAAAGCAGAGACGGCGGUCGGUCUGGUCCGAACGGCGCGUCGUGUUUGCCACACACACAUACACAUCACGCAUCCACGCCACACACAGACGGAUACUUGGCGAUUUAGCUACCGAUAGCUGCUCCUUUCUGAGACGGUUAGCUGCCAAAACAACAAGAAAACAAACUAAACAGGUCAACAUUACAUGGGCGGAUUUUAUUUUGCUUCCCAAGCAAAGGACAAGAGCUGCGGGUUGGAGGGAUAACGACAAAGUGGUUGGGGAAACAUUGACGAGCUUCGAAACCUGGACGAACGAUAGCCGGGUGGAUUAUUACCCUGGCCCUUGCGACAACAAACAAACAUACCAACAACGCACACAGCGCAUCCCACUAUGAGCGGGAGCGAUAGCGACUGCGAGGCCUCGCCGGCAUCCAGGCCCUCCUCGGUCGAACGACAGGAUUCGCCCUCCAUCGCCGCCGCCACCACCUCUUCUGAAUCGCCCAAGACGACGACGACGACGACCAAGGCGACCGCGCCAUCUUCGCCACCCCAAAAGAAGCGCAAAGAGUCGACGUCGGCUGGCACGGGCAAUGAUGCGGAUAGCGGGGAACCAGCAACCAAGAUCACAAAACGACGAGCGGCACGCGCCUGCGUGAGCUGCAGGGCGCGCAAGGUACGAUGCGACGUAGUGGAGGGUGCUCCAUGUGGGAAUUGCCGUUGGGACAAUGUGGCUUGCAUUCUUUCAGAAAGUCGCCGGCGAAAGAAAAACAUCUUCGCGGGCAGCACGCUUGGCGCAGGCCAAUUAGGAACGCCCGUCAGCACCGAUACUCUGCGAGCCAAGACGGCGACGGGAAAUGCACCCAUCAGCCUCUCGAGCGCGGAUUUGCGGAGACCAAGCGAGGAUGCCGUGUCAAUUGCUGCAUCUUUGGGCAACGGUGGAAUGGAAAAUCACGACGGCGCCGGCGCCGCAAUAGGCCAUGCGAAUGGUACUGGAAUCUUGGAUCAAUCGCACCUGGAUGGCCACGGACAUGUUCCUCAUCUAAUUUAUCAGCAACGGGCGAAUUACCGAUCCGAGAACUCGAGCGAAUUGCUUUCCAAGCUGGGCGACAGUUUGAACAACCAGCAGCGACUUCUGUGGCCCGACCCUCCAUUAAAUCCAGAUAGUCUCUUUGGCGACGUCCGAACUGCCCAGUUCCUCAGUUCUCUCGAGGAGCCCGACCUUUCAAUAUUUUCGCAGCUUCCUGCCUUUGUCAAGCCGUUGCCCGCCAAGCUUGCCUCUGAGGAUGUCAAGUAUCUGCACGCCAAGGGCGCCCUUGCCCUUCCCGAUCUCAGCUUGCAGAAUGCGCUCCUCCAGUCAUAUGUGGAAUACGUCCACCCUUACAUGCCCCUGAUAGACAUACACGACUUUCUCAAUGCGAUUCACUCGCGGGAUGGCCUCUGCGGCCAGAUAAGCCUGUUUCUCUAUCAUGCAGUCAUGUUUGCAGCAGCGGCCUUUGUUGAUAUCAAGCAUCUGCGGGACGCCGGGUAUCCGACUAGGAAGGCGGCACGAAAGUUUUACUUUAGCAAAACUAGGCUUCUGUACGACUUUGACUACGAAUCAGAUAGGCUGGUCCUGGUACAGGCCCUCCUUCUCAUGACCUACUGGUACGAAACACCUGACGACCAGAAGGACACUUGGCACUGGAUGGGAGUUGCCAUUUCAUUGGCCCACACUAUCGGGCUUCACCGCAACCCGGGUAGCACAAACAUGGCUCCUCGUAAACAGAGGUUAUGGAAGCGAAUAUGGUGGUCAUGCUUCAUGCGUGAUAGGCUUGUGGCGCUCGGCAUGCGGAGGCCAACCCGGAUCAAGGCUGAGGACUUUGAUGUGCCGAUGCUAACCGAGGCCGACUUCGAGGUCGAGGCCUUGUCGGACGAGAACCAGCUUCUGCCGGCCGAGUGCACAGUUGUUCGCGACCUCGGGAUGCAGAAGGAGCUUGCGGAACUAUGCAUCCAGAAGGCAAAGCUAUGCGUCUUGAUCAGUGGAAUGCUCAAGGCGCAAUACUCUGUCCUGAUUCGAGAUGCCACAAAGCCGGAUAACACGACCAACAGCACGAUGAUGCUGUUCCCCAACAAGAACCUUGAGAAUAUUGACAGCAUCAAUGUGGUUGAUUUAGAGCUUAAGUCUUGGCUCGAGAACCUCCCCCCGGCCGCGCAGUAUCGCCCGCUCACGACGAUGGAUAUUCAGCACGGACGCUCGACGGUUGCAGUACAGAGGAACCUUCUGCACAUGGUCUACUACACCACUGUAUCGGCUCUCCACCGCCCGCAGUUCUUGCCUGCAUCGCCGUUCCAAGUACCGACGGCCUCGCGCCAGGUACAGGAUAUGUCACGCAUGCGCGUGCGCGAAAGCGCUGCUCGCAUCACACACAUGGCCACUGAGCUACACGGCCUGCGCUUGGAGCGCUUCCUGCCUACGACAGGCGUUACUGUUAUUCUCCCCGCCAUGAUCAUCCAUCUAUUGGAAAUGAAAAACCCCGUGAUGGAAGUUCGCGAGAAGGCCACCAAGGGCUUCCGCCAGUGCCUGCAGGUCAUGGAGAAGCUGCGAGACAUAUACUCGGCUGCCGAUUUUGCAACCGUGUUCCUGGAUGCUGCUCUUCGCAAGGCAGCAAUUGACUUGAACAACCAGCCAAGCGCCACAGGCCCUACUGACACACUGGGGAGUGCCGCGGCACAGAGACAGCUGCAAAUGCACAAACUGCAGAUGUUGCAGCGGCAGAGCCAGCUUGGCCAGAAAGUGAGCCUGAGGACCAAACCAACAACGAUAGCGCCUGCCAUCAACCUUACAGGCGCUGCUUCACUCAGGCGAGAGAUGGGAGGAGGUGGCGACGAGCUGUCCACCCCGCCACCUGAGAACGCGCCAUAUCUGAACCAAUUCGAGAUGGGACUUUUCCACGGUGAACGAUCUUACGCCGAGACGCAGCAGAACGGCCGCGGUGAUCUAGCGGAUGACUUGCACAAGGCCGGACCCCUUGGAUCUGUGGGUUCGAACGACAUUGACCCGGCUGCUCUAGCGCGCGUAGUCACUGGUGCGGGUCAAUCGCCACCGCAUACCGAGAGGGAUCUGGAUUCUGGAGUGGGUCUCACGCCCUCGGCGAGCGUCGGCUCGUCGUCUAGUGGAGUCGAUGGCUACGAUAUGAUGGACGUGGUGGACUUUGGCACGGGUCAGGACGAGUUUGACUGGAAUGCGAUGACGGGCACCAAUCUCGACUUUGAUCAGUGGCUUCAAUUCCCCGCUGAUGGUGCCGGCGGAGCCGGUGGUGACGACGACAACGGUGGUGGGGAGAAGAUUGGCGGUCUGCCAAACGACGACGGCCACGAUACGAUCAUGUUUGACGGUCACAUGAAUGGGAAUAACGCACAGCAGGUGGCUGUAUCGUCUUGAUGACACAAGGUGCACUACGACAUGCUAGGCUGAAACACCGCAUUUUGGUUUUGGGAGUUUGGUUUUUUCUUUUUACGGGUUGGCAUGGGAAUGGUUGGCUCUUUUCUUGGGAACAAAAAAGUACACGCGGGUCACGUCGUUUCGGUGUCGGUUUCGAUGUCACAACCUAUGAUGCCUAGGUACUAUUUCUUCGGGUUUCCAAGUCUUGUUUUGUUCUGUUGACUUUUCUUGAGGGAGAAAAAAGAAAGGGAUUAGUAUAUCUCUUUGCAUAUACCCACCGCCAGGUGCAGUUUUUUGUACACUGUAUUCCUGUACAAGCUUCAAGUAUAGAACUUGGCUUUCUUUUUUUUUGGCUAUAGAAUGGCCUCACGGGCUGACGUUUGUCUUGUUUUUGAUUAGCCAACACCGGACGAUGUUGUUGACGGUGCAGUUUAGACUUUUUUGUAUGCCUAUGCUUGGAAUCGUCUCGGUCUGAAUUGAUGCCUAUGCUCAUGUUCGCCUAGGUGUGGCCGAUCCCGAAGUUCAUCUUGCCAAUUGUGUUAACC